CUGCGUUCUGCUACAUGCUCACCCUGGUGCUGUGCGCCUCCCUCAUCUUCUUUGUCAUCUGGCACAUCAUAGCCUUUGAUGAGCUUCGGACUGAUUUCAAGAACCCCAUCGACCAGGGGAACCCAGCGCGGGCACGCGAGCGUUUGAAAAACAUCGAACGCAUCUGCUGCCUACUGAGGAAGCUGGUGGUCCCAGAAUACUCCAUCCAUGGCCUCUUCUGUCUGAUGUUUCUGUGUGCAGCAGAGUGGGUAACCCUGGGCCUCAACAUCCCCCUCCUCUUCUACCACCUCUGGAGGUACUUCCACCGCCCUGCGGAUGGCUCCGAGGUCAUGUAUGACGCGGUCUCCAUCAUGAAUGCCGACAUCCUCAACUACUGCCAGAAGGAGUCCUGGUGCAAACUCGCCUUCUACCUGCUCUCCUUCUUCUAUUACCUGUACAGUAUGGUUUAUACGUUGGUGAGUUUCUAAGGGGGAAGCCGGCCAGGGAGCGCGCCCAGAACGGACCGGACGCCUGUGCACCCCCAGCCCUGCACCUUGGCCACAAGGCCUCAGCCCCGGGGAGGGAGGGGGCACUGGUGCCCCUAGCCUCUCCGCCUCCCAAACUGCUGCUGCGGGGACCUCCCGCCUUCCAAGCCCUUGUCCUUGGACUAGGGCUGGGCAGAGCUCCGUACAGGCCAGGGGCUCCCCUGCCAGCCGUGGGCAUGGCGGCCAGUUCUGAAAUGGGUGGGACCUCUGGCCUUGGCCACCUGGGGGAAACCCAGGCCCUACAGGGCUUGACCCUGGGAGGGCUGGGCUGCCCUUCUCCAUCCCCACCCUGAAGCUCCCCCUGCAGGUGGGGGGGUACCCACACCGGGAAUGAGCAGGCUCAGCAGGGGGCAGCCCCACCCCUAGUCUGCCCUCCCUCCCAGGCUCUCUCCUGCCCCACGUUUGCCUCUGCCCCCACCCAACCCCACCUCACCCUGUCUCUUGACCUAUUUUCUAUGUUGCCUGGAGGAGUUCAGCACCCCCUCCCUGGCCAUUUGUGACAAAAUAUGAAUAAACUACUGCAAACACGUGGG